CUCGAGUGUUGCAGUGCGCAUCCUCAGUACAGUAGCCGGUUAUGGCGGCGGUGUGUGUUUGUCCAUGAGGUGGGGGACGCCUGCUAUUCUUGCAGUCUGUGACAGAGAGAUCCGUGCGAGGCGCUGCCAUGGCUGGAGUGUUUGACAUCGAUCUGGAUCAGCCGGAGGACACUGUCUCCGACGAUGAGAAUGAGGAGGUACUUGAAUGGAUGCUGUUAAACGUCAUUGCAAGAGUUGUCAAAGCAAGAACUGUUCAUGCACAGCAGCAGCCAGCUAGCUAUUAGCCUGCUAGCCUACCAGCAGCCACCACCACCACAGGCCUCUACGGCAGCCGGAGCAUUUAGGCCUUUACAAACUCGGUUAGCUGAGGCUAAUGCUACUUCGCCACCGUGAGACUGACAGCGACCGUGAUAGAACUGUCAUUUGGUCUGUUUUUGUUUUACAAGUAACGAUAGCUGGCGACAUUAUCCAUGCAUUGUUUACACUGUCACUGUUUAAAGAGCAGGCUGUCAUGUUAGUGGUGGUGAGCAAGCACAGCCUUGCUUAACCAGAGCUGCUGCGGGGUAAAUGUAGCUUGGUGUGCAACAGUUUAUUUUGGCAAGUCCAUAUCAGAGUGUGACUGUUCAUGUUGACUCCUACAUGCAGCAGCAUAACAACUAAACAUUACUAUGUCAAUUGAAUACAAAAAAUUACUUAUUUUUUAUGCUUUAUAAACCUAUCAUGCUGUUAGAGGAGCAGUACAGUAGUAGAUGCCAGUAAACUUUAUUUUCUAGACUGGAGUGUUCAGUAAAACAUAUUCACAUAUUGCUUAACAGAUUAAACUACAGAGGACCUAUUGCUUCAUACCUUGUAGAGUGAGCAACUUAGUGAUCAUGCUCUUGUUUUGCAGUUUGAAAUCACAGUAUCUGUACGAACACAAUCAAGCAGAUGUUUUGGCAAAGUUUACUGCAAUAAAAGCGAUAAUAAAUGUUCACCUGCAACUAAUCUACUCUCUCAAGUUCUCUGAAAUCUUACCAGUCUUUGUGUCUUUUAUUUGUAUACAAAUUUUAAGGACACUAAGGUAGUAAAAAACAGAAAAGGAAACAGUGUAAUGUCGCAUUAAUGCUUUGGUUAGAUUCAUUUAUGCUGCGUUUCAUAUCAAAUUUAAUUAACCUAUUGUUUUUUUUUCUUUUCAGGACCAGCUCAAUGAUAUCAUGGACCAGUGCAGUGGGUUUGAGUUGUAAGUAUUUAGUCAAAGCUAAACUGGGAUUGGGUUCAUGCAUUGAUUUGAGUAUCAACCAUAGACUGUAUAUACUAUGGACAACUUGGUUCCGCCUCCUGCUUGUAUACGGAUUUGAAGCCAAAAAGCUCUCUGUAUUUCCGGGAUUUUUCUUCAUUUCCUAGAACCAGCGCUGCGUAGUAGCGUUGUGCGCAUUCGGUGGGAGAGUCGCUGUGAUGACGCUCGGCUCAAACAGCGUAUCCCCCGGGUGAGCUACGCAAUCCCUGAACGCCAAUAGGCUGUAUCAAGUGUCAAUCAAAGUAAACAUGAACCCCUGAAUAACUUUUAAAAACGGAGCUUCACUGAAAAAAAGAGGACUUGAGCAAAAACCAGCCUGACAGUAACUACAUGUCAACAUCACAAGCAGGGGGGAGAAAAAUUUAUGUUUUGUGUAAUAAAUUUCUUAAGUUUGUCUACAGCCCCAUAAGCUUUGCUGGCAGAGGUGGGCUUUAUGACCUAUACUGCAACCCGUCAACAGAGGGUGCUGUUCUCGGAGUGGCUUCACCCAGCAAGGAGGCAGAUGGCGUCCAUUCUAUAUACAGUCUAUGGUAUCAACCUUAGAAAAAAAAACAUAAUGAGUGUGAUGCAACAUAUCUCUGCAGCAACAUGGAUGACUGUGAGAAGAUUGAGAUAUCAGAAGACAACGUCAAUCAGGGAACUGAAAACAUAAGACCAGAGUGCUUUGAGCUGCUGCGGGUACUGGGGAAGGGCGGUUAUGGAAAGGUACCGUUGAGUCCCUCAAAGUAGCACAUCAUGAAAGUACUGUUGCAAUGCACUGAAACUUCUCAUGGAUACUUUUUGGAGUACUUUCCAUGUAUUCUGUACUUUAUUGAAUUGUUUCAUUUGAUCAUUUUUCUUUUAUGCAGGUUUUUCAAGUACGAAAAGUGGUUGGAGCCGCAUCAGGCAAAAUAUUUGCCAUGAAAGUUUUGAAAAAGGUAUUCAACUUUUCCCUCAUUAAUGCACACAAAAAAAUCUUUCUGCUUGAAUCGAAGUGCUGUACAGUCAGUCAGUUUCUCCAGUGAAUAUAAUUGCUUGCCUGGAAUACAAACAAACAUUGCCUGCAAAUAUCUGCUGUCCUUGAAGCCAGCUGUGGGGUAAAGUUUUACCUUGAGUUGGUAGAUUGCCAUUUGUGAUGUGCUGCUGCAGCAUUGGCACUUGAAACGCUCUUCCUCAGCCCAUGAAUUUCAGCUUGAUUUUCACACUGCUAUUUUUGAUAGGCUAAAGUGACCCUAGCACCAAUGGUCUUAAAGGUGAAGCUCCAAACUUGCAACCAUUUAGUCUUUUUGUAAUACAGCUGCGACUGAGACCCACCAUCAAGAGCCCAUAUUUCUGAAGCAUAAGACAAGUAAGAGUAAGACAUGUGUCCUGACUUGCCCAAAAUUGUCAGUGACACGUGCAUUCCUGAAAGCAUUCUCAAAAGAGAAAGUACUUCAUCAGUUUGCCAAACCAGGAUAUUCUUCAAGAAGUAACAAGACUGUCCUGAUCAGUGUCUGUGGAGGUGGGCAAUGAUAAUAUAAAUAUGCAAUAUUAAUUUCUUUUCUAACAAUAAUAAACACUUCAUUAACUUAACACAUACUCACACACAAACAUAUAUAAUUUUACAGCUUUGGAUUUUGUGAUUACUUCUUUAAAUUACAUGUAAUGUUGACAUGAAAAAUGUUUACCUUUUUUUUUAUUUUUGGACCAAGUAUAUUCUCUAAUCUUUCUAUGUGCCUAAUUAUCAUAUUUUAUACAGUAAAUAAUUUGGUUUAUCUUCUUUUAGGGCUGGGCGAUAAAACGAUGACGGAUAUAUAUAAAAAAUUAACUUCCCUCAAUAUUAAUAUAAAACAUGGUCGAUAUGCUUUACUAUAGUCAACAUUCUGCCAUGUUUUGGUAGACUAUACGUAUAGCCAAUUAAAAUGGGAGUUGUACGGGUCCACUUUGAGCUGAACCAAUCAUGUGCCGAAUUAGAACCAAGUAGCAAACAAUCGCGUAGUGGCAGGCUGCAGCUACACGCAACCAUCGCACUUUAACACAUGAAGCUGACAGCACUGUCAGGGAGAAAAAAAGAAAAUAUGUUGAGUACAUGUUCUCGCAAAGUCGGGGAAUCCCUCAGAUCUUUUUCACCACCUACAGCAGUGCCACACAGUAGAGCACACACAAUGCAAAAGGUUACAAACCCGAGUGGAGCAAGGAUCCCAUGGGGCCUGUGCAGCCGAAACAGCCGACCAUUCAGUCCGCUUUCUCUAGCGCAACGCCUUACAACAAAACGUUAGAGAGACACAAAGACCUCACAGAUGCAGUAGCUUAUUGUAUUGCAAAAGACAUGCUGCCAAUAAGCACUGUUACAUUUCAUUUAAGAGUAACAGGGAACAUUUCGAUAUUGACUGAUAUGAAAAAAAUCUAUUGUGAUAAACUUUUUCCCAUUUUGCCUAGCCCUUCUUCACGUUUUUUUUUUUUUUUCUCAAAUUUUCGAAUUGAGUGUGUAAAUACUCCAGUAACUCAUUACAGAAGUUUUCAGACUUCAGAUGUUUGUACAGCAUCCUUUAGAGUCAGGGUUUUUGUGAUGGCCCCAGUCUUCCUGUUGAUGCUCCAUCACAGUUUUUAACAUCCUAAACUAACACAACAUUGUUGUGAACAGGCAGCUCUAUAGCUUUGUGACAAAAGUGCUCAACAAACAUGAACAGACCCUAAAGUGAUUCAGCAGAGAUGCUUUGAACAGUGACAGAGGUGCAUACAUAGAACUUUGGCGUACAGAUGAGAAAUCUACUCUGAUGGAUAUAUUCUAGGGCCCACUGUGCGUUACAAAGCUUUAGUGUGACACUUUUUUCAAGCAAGUAGUAGUAGGGAAAUUUAUGCCACGGCAUUAAUAAGUUAUUAAAUGUUAUUUAUUCAUUAACCAGAUAAGAUAAUUGCUUACAUAACACAGUUCAACCUCUCCCAUGUUGAGGAUGGAAAUACUUCCAACUGUCCUUUUACCGUCUUAUACUCUAGCAUGACAACAAAGAAAGUGGAUUGUAUUGGUGUGAGUAAAAUAUGACUAUUGUUGGUGCUGUGCAACUUUCUGAACUAAUGUGGGUUUUGUCUUUCAAUCGAAACACAAAAGGCUAUGAUUGUACGCAACGCCAAGGACACAGCUCACACCAAGGCAGAGAGGAACAUCCUGGAGGAAGUGAAGCAUCCAUUCAUCGUUGAUCUUAUCUACGCCUUCCAGACUGGAGGGAAGCUGUAUCUCAUUCUUGAGUAUCUGAGCGGUGAGUCUGAAAUGGUACACAAAUACACACUUAGUAUACAGUAUACACUCUUUAGGCAUAGCAUUUAUGGAAAAACACAAAAGCACUCUACUUGUAGCCCACUGUGUGUUUGUGGGCCAGCAGAAUAACUUGUUGAUAACAUAAACAUUUGUUCCCUGCAGGAGGAGAGCUUUUCAUGCAGCUGGAGAGAGAAGGCAUCUUCAUGGAAGACACAGCCUGGUGAGAGAUAUUCAUUGUAGAUAAUAUCACAAUGCAAAAGACUUACUUAUAAAAGAUUUUUAGGUGUUAGUUGAAAUCUAUCUUGUGACUUUUGAUUGAAUGGUUGAAAAUUGACACACUUACAUUGGUUUGAGACUGAUGGCACCUUUUUAGAGGAAUAUUUUGCAUAAAGGGAAACUAAUAAAUGCAAGUUUUUGUGUUUUUGAAUAGUUUCUACUUAGCAGAGAUCUCCAUGGCUUUGGGCCACCUGCACCAGAAAGGCAUCAUCUACAGAGACCUAAAACCUGAAAACAUAAUGCUCAAUAGUCAAGGUGUGUGUUUUAUAUUAACCUGAAAAUUAACUCUGUGUUGCUGAAUUUGUUUAGAAAUUUUCCAACAUUUAAAAAAAAAUUACAUCCAGUGUAAAUCAAUGCAUGUCCCAUUAAUGAAAUCAAAAAUGUAAUCACCUUGUUUGACUUACUGUAGCUGUUUUAUUGAUUUCUGCUACAUGGUGGUAUGGGAAUUGUAAAUGUCACACGGUGUUGCUUUUCUUCCAGGCCAUGUUAAGUUGACAGACUUUGGGCUUUGUAAAGAGUCUAUUCAUGAUGGCACAGUCACCCACACGUUCUGUGGCACCAUUGAGUACAUGUAAGUCCUAAAACUAGUCAAAUCGUAUUGUGAUGUAAACCUCGUCAUCAAGCUACCAUUACAGUUUUCUGCCUGGUUUCUCAACAAAGGCGCCAAGCAGACAUGGAUUCCCUAUGGCAGUGGUUCUCAACUGGUCUCACUCUGGGACCCACAUUUCCCCAUGGUCCCUAAGUCGCGACCCACUUUUAUAGAAUUCAAACCAAGCAAAUUUUUUUUUUUUUUAAUUAAAAAAAACCUUUUUAAGACUCAAAUCUUUAACACAACUUCACCCGUUUUAUUGGGUGAAGUGCAUUUCCGAGCACAUGAACUGACGACGACAACUGCUGAAGUUGCAUAUACAGAAAAUAUCAAAUAAAUAUCAAAUUGCACAAAAUAAGAUAUUUUUCAAAAUAAAAGACAUGUCAAACAUUAGACACGCAUUAAUUAUUUACUUUUGCGACCCAUCCAGAAUGUGUCCGCAACCCACUUUUGAGUCAGGUCCCACCAGUUGAGAACCACUGCUCUAUGGGUUACAAACUUACUUAGGACAAGGACGUCUUAUAACCCCACAUGAAAAACAGUAGUACAUUUUUUGAGUGGAACAAGAACUCUAAUCUGUGCUUAUUUUGAAGAGGUGUCACAGACAUGUCACUUUUUUGACAACAUAACCAGAUGUGCUGUUUUAGCUCUUAUUUUACAUACUGUUGUAUUAUACAGAUGCUUUGUGAACUUGGAGGAUUGAAUUUUAAGUGUUAAGUUAAGAUUGCUUUCAGUGUAAACUACAAAUCACUAUUCUCCAUAACUGCGCUUAGUAAUGUUAGCAGUGGUCUCAGGGCCAUCUCCUGAUAUUGAAUUUCACUUACAUUGAUACCAUGCUUUGGCGUGGUUGAUGUGUGUCCAAAAGUGCUGCUGACUGAUCACAUUUUAGCAGUGACAUGUACAUAGCCUCAUCUGAUUGGUUAAUACUCUAAACCAGUAGUUCUCAAGUCCAGUCUUUGAGGCCCACUGUCCUGCAUGUUUUGGAUGUUUCCCUGCUCCAACACACCUGAUUCAAAUGAUCAGCUCGUUAUUAAGCCAGUACAGAGCUUGAUAACGAGCUGAUCAUUUGAAUCAGGUGUGUUGGAGCAGAGAACCAUCCAAAACAUGCAGGACAGUGGGCCUCGAGGACUGGACUUGAGAACCACUGCUCUAAACAAGGGGUGCAAAUUUUCACUUGGCUUCCUUGGAAAUGUAAUGGAAACUUUCUAAUACACAACCGCAGUUUCACACACAUCUACCACACAUUGUAUAGAAGGAUGUGGUCACUGUCAUCGUUAAAUGAUUAAAGAUGGCACCACAAUAAGAAUGGCGAUGACGGUUCAAGUGACAAGCACAGUCUGGCCUCCCCUGACUACUCAGUGAAAUGCCACUGCUUCUUCACAUUAGUGUAGUUGUAAUAAGUGUGUAUUCUCUGUGAUGCAGGGCCCCAGAAAUCUUGAUGAGAAGUGGACACAACAGAGCCGUGGACUGGUGGAGCCUGGGCGCUUUGAUGUACGACAUGCUCACAGGAGCGGUCAGUUUGAAAUUUCCAAGCUGCCGAAAACAACAUUGAAGACGAUUUGUUUUGAGUUCUUCUGAAAUGUAAAUCUCAGCCGGGAAUGUUUGAAUAACUUCUUCUUGUCUUUGCAUUUGGUAGCCACCAUUUACAGGUGAAAACAGAAAGAAGACUAUCGACAAGAUCCUCAAGUGUAAGCUUAGCCUCCCGCCCUACCUCACGCAAGAAGCAAGGGAUCUCUUGAAACGGGUAUCUUCCUCUUUGUUUAAAAAUGCUGUAUCUUUGUUGAAAUAUAAGCUUUGAGUUUUGACAAAAGACUGAUGGUUGCAGCUGCUGAAGAGGAAUGCCUCAUCACGACUAGGAGCUGGAGUAGGAGAUGCCACAGAGGUUCAGGUGAGUCCAAGAAGAGGCUGGACAAAAGUCAAUGGACCCGGCAUGUGAGGUCUCCGCAGCAUUAUGCUACUCUCACCCAGAAGACGAAAAUAUUGACAAACACUGUAUGAUUACAUAAAAAUCAACUAUAAAGCAACAUUAUCUGGGAGAAAUACAUUCUGAAAUUGUUUGUAGUGAUAGAUGAACACACAGAAUUUAUCUUGUAUCAUAUUCAUGCUAAAAAGCACCCUUUUUAUAUAUUAACACUCCUUUUCUAUUUGGUGUCUCAUAGGCUCAUCCCUUCUUUCGACAAAUAAACUGGGAGGAUCUGUUAGCUCGGAAAGUGGAGCCUCCCUUUAAACCCUUUCUGGUGAGGAUGACAGUUGCAGAUCCAACGAUUGAGUCAGAUAUCUGAUGUAGUUGUAGAUUAGUAAUGAGCUGAGUGUUAGAAUAACAGCUGAAAGUAUAAUUCAGCUUUAGUUGUAAGUCUUCUCUUGUGACAACCUCACCACUUGUGUCACCCUCUUCUUGAUGUUUCCAGCAAUCAGCUGAAGAUGUGAGUCAGUUUGACUCAAAGUUUACUAGUCAGACACCAGUCGACAGCCCUGAUGACUCGACCCUCAGUGAGAGUGCCAACCAAGCCUUCCUGGUAAUCCUUCCUGUUUAUCUUUUACUGUUGUCAUUUUAAAUGAGCAUCUUGAUCAAAAGAGAAAUUCAGCUAAUUUUUAAAUACUUUUAGAAAAAAUUUAAUGGGAACUUGUGCUUGUGUCUCCAAUUGAAUUUGAAGAACAGUUCUAGUGAGAUUUUCCAUCUCAAAGCAGAAAAAAAGGGAUAAAAGCUCCUUUAGGACAAGCCACAAUGAUCAAGUAUUGUGGUACAAUAAGUACACUCACUGGACGCUUUAUUAGUGUCCAUUCCACCACACGCCAAAAGUGUGCUCUGUUGUAUUGAGAUCUGGUAACUGGAGGCCCGUGGAGUACAGUGAACUCAUGAUCAUGUUCGAGAAAUCAAUGAGAUAAUUUGAGCUUUGUGACAUGGUGCAUUAUCCUGCUGGAAGUAGCCAUCAAAAGAAAAGUACACCGUGGUUCUAAAGGGACAUGGUCAGCAGCAAUACCCAGGUAGACUGCAGCAAACGAUGCUCAGUUCAUCAGGCCAGGCUCUGUUGCUUUUCUAUCAUCUUGAACCAGUCUGUCCAUUCUCCUCUGAACUCUAAAACACUGCCGCAAACUGAAUAUUUCCUCCUCUUUGGACCCUUCUCUGUAAACCCUGGAGAUGGCUGUGUGUGAAAUUCCCAGUAGAUCAGCUGUUUCUGAAAUACUCAGACCCGCCCGUCUGGCACCAACAACCAUAUCAUAUUUAAAGUCUCUUAAAUCCCCUUUCUUUCCCACUCUGAUAUUCGGUUUGAACAACUCUAGCAAGUGGCCUUGAUGUCUACAAGCAUUAAGUUGCUCUCCUGUGAUUGGCUAAUGAGUUAUUUGUGUUAUCAAGUGAUUGAAAUGGUGUACCUAAUAAAGUCUGGAAAGUUCAGUCAGUGCACCACUAACUGGAUCUGAAUGGCAUGACUGCUUUUGACCCUUUACUCGUGUUUCCUAUGCUCCCAACCUGCCUCUCUUAAGUGGUCUACCUGUUUCUGGUGUUUUUAUCUUUCUAGGGUUUCACAUAUGUAGCUCCGUCAGUCCUGGAAAACAUUAAAGAAAAGUUCUCUUUUGAGCCAAAAAUCCGCUCACCACGUCGAAUCAUGGGCAGUCCAAGAACACCUCUCAGGUAUGUCUGUGUCUCUGUUAAACUCUGGUUAUUUUAUCAAGUACAGUGUCCUUGUCUGUCUGUGUUGGUUAAUUUGAUCAAUGCCUCUCCUCUUUUCAGCCCUGUGAAGUUCUCAGCUGGGGAAUGCUGGGCCCGGAGCCCCCUCCUCCCUGGAGUUGGACCAAGUGUCCUCCAGUCACCACAAGAUCAGGCCAUGGAGCUGUCCACACCAGAGCAAAUGGAUGUCACAACAAGCUCCGAGGCCUCUGCUCCUUUACCCAUCCGACAGCCUGCUGGGGUCAACUUGGCUCAGAUGAAACAGCAGGCCUAUCCUGUUGUGGCUAAACGGCCCGAGCAUCUACGUAUGAACCUAUGACCCACUGCACCUCUUUAGGAGAGUUUAUUUCUUGACUCUUUUUUUUUCUUUUGUUGAUAUUUUUUAAGAAACCAAGCAAAAAUAUAUGGAUGCUAAAGACAAUUAAAUUUCAAAAUUGCACAUCCACACACUACAUACACUGUCACGGCUGGAGUUUGUACGUGAGUCUGGAACUCCAGCGUGCUUCAGUUUAAGUGCUACUGGCAAUAUCACCAUCUCACCUCUUCUACUUUGACACCUCAGGUCACAUGACCUUUGUCUUCUGACCCCUUCUCUGAAAUGGACUGGUAAGACAGAAAAUCUUGGAGGAUUUAAGACCUUUGUUUAACCGAGGAAUUAAAAGUGGUUAUGUAUCACGCGGUAUGUAAGCAGCUGUAGCUAGAAAUGCAGUCAGUCUCCAGUAGAAGAUGAUUCUUAAGUGCUUUCUGCUAUGUGAUUGCCAGCAAGGACAUCGCUGCCAUUGGGAGAUUCUUACUGGUCUUGUUAGAUGAAAAUGCUCCCUGCUUCUGAACAAAAUAAUGUCAAUCAGGUCUUUUGAGAAAAAAAAAUGAUAAAAAAAAUUCAUUUUGAGCAGUGGAUAAAUUGGUGUUCUGAUAUUGAUGACUAUAGCUUUAUGUCUAACAAUGUUCAAGGAAAUGGAUGCAUUAAUUGUGCUAUUCCCACCUAAAUUAAACAAAAAAGAAAAUGAGGACUAUUUACAUUCUUCUGACAUUGGUGUUGUGGAUGAAAUAUUGGACGUUUAUUUGAUGUGGGAACCAUAUGUCAAUUAUCCACUCUAUAGGCGUACAGUGCUUCGGGGUGUGUCUCUUGAUGCAUCAAAAGACAUACUUUAGCUUGAUCACCAUCAUUACCUAACACAUGAAAGUGGUCUCGCCACUGCUUUGCAAGAUCCCACUCUGACUGUGGGCAAAUCAGCAACAGAUAGUCAGACCCCUGGGAAUGAUGUAACUGAGAGACGGUGACGCCAGUUGAUCUGGACACUGUCUGCAGUUGAGGUUUGAAGCUCCAAAAUGUUGGGGAAGCAUUUAACCUCUCGCAUCAGCAUUCACAUCUAUGGGAGAUCAAUUUUAGAGUUCCUGGAAAGCAAGGAAAUUAUAAUAAAAUGUUUGAAAAAAAAAUACAGAG